AUGGCCGAAGAGCACCAAGUCAAGGGGUCCAGGAAGAGUAUUCUCGUGAUCAACGGACCCAACCUCAACCUCCUGGGGACGCGCGAACCGGCCAUCUACGGGUCGACGACGCUCAAGGACGUCGAGGAGUCCCUGUACCGCCACGCGACCAAGCACAACCUCUCGCUCUCGACGUUCCAGUCCAACCACGAGGGCCACAUCGUCGACCGCAUCCACGCCGCGUACGAACAAAAGGUCGACGCCGUCAUCAUCAACCCGGGCGCCUACACGCACACGUCCGUGGCGAUCCGCGACGCCCUGGCCGGGCUCAACAUGCCGUUUGUCGAGCUGCACAUCUCGAACGUGCACAAGCGCGAGCCGUUUCGCCAUCACAGCUACCUGAGCGACAAGGCCGAGGGGGUCAUUGCGGGUCUCGGCGUGUUUGGCUAUAUUGCCGCCUUGGAAUUUUGGGCCUGGAAGUUUGGCGGUGGAGGUGGUGUGCUCUGA